UUCCUUUCACUUUCUUCCCCACUUUCUCUUUUGGUUCUUGUCUUUUGUUUCCUUCUCUCAUCAUGUCAUGCAAAACCCAUAAACAAAUAUUGCUUUCAGUUAUUUGCAUUGUUUGGGCAGUUGGGUCACUUUUGAAUUGAGGUUUCAAGGCCAAGAUUAUAAGUAUAUUGUUAGUUUGUUUGGUUUUGUUGUUGUUGGCUAGUCUUAGCAGAUUGGUGUUUCAUGUUUGCUGAUUUUAGGAUGGAAAAGACUAGUGAAGAGAGGGGUUUGGAUGGAAUGGAGAGAGUUGUGCUUGUGGCUGUGAAAGCAAGUAGAGAGAUUUCGAGGAAUUCUUUGGUCUGGGCUUUGACACAUAUUGUGCAUCCAGGGGAUUGUGUGAAGCUGCUUGUGGUAGUUCCUGUCCAGACCUCAAGUCGGAAGUUAUGGAGUUUUGGAAGGUUUGGUACGGAUUGUGCAGGUAGUCCCUGGAAGUCUCUUUCAGGAACGAUGGAUCAAAAGGAUGAUAUAUCAGUAUUGUGCACUGAGAUGAUGCUUCAACUCCGUAAUAUAUAUGACAUAAAUAAGAUAAAUAUCAAGGUGAAAGUCAUCUCUGGCUCUUCAGGUGGAGUAGUAGCAGCCGAAGCCAAGAUAGCUCCAACACACUGGGUUGUAUUGGACAAACAACUUAAGAAGGAGGCUAAAUAUUGCAAGGAACAACUUGCAUGCAAUCUUGUGGUGAUGAAAAGAUCUCGAGCGAAGGUGCUUCGUUUAAAUUUGGUUGAAUUAUCUAAGGUGGAAAGUAACGAGCUCUCUGGGUCAGAUUCAUGUACAGAGCAUCUAAAUAAUAAAUGUAGCAUUUGGACCACAACUAGAGUGCCAAAUGUAACUCCAUCAAGCAGUCCAGAUCAUUCAUCUUUCUCAGUGACUGAUACCGGAACAUCGUCAUUGUCAAGCUUAGAUCGAAGUAGCCCUCCAUUCGUAAUAGCUGAUAUGAAUUGGGAUCGAAAGAAAGACAGUUUCUCAUAUUCUGAAGGACAAGACAGCCUUGAAGAGUUGGACUCUGAUAUAGAAAGUGAAAAGCUAAGUUCUCCAUCAACAAGUGUGUAUUUCCAACCUUGGACUCAAGAUGCUCUCAGUUCCUCUGGUGAAGUUUUGAAGUGUCUUGCAGAAAAUUCACAAAUAUCUGGUGAUAAGGCUGUAGGUUCGAUGUCUGCAGCCUUGCAGGAAAAAUUCUCUGGCCUUGACAAAUACCAUAAAGUGAAUGUGCUGUCAGACAGGCAUAAUCAAUACUGCAGUAGCAAUUUAAGGGAAACAAUAUCAUUUAGAAAAAAUGCCCUUGCCGAACCUCCUCCACUCUGUUCGAUAUGUCAGCAUAAAGCACCUGUAUUUGGAAAACCUCCCAAGUGGUUUACCUAUGCAGAGCUUCAAUAUGCCACAGAUGGGUUUUCUGAGGCCAAUUUCUUAGCUGAAGGCGGGUUCGGUUCAGUUUACAGAGGUGUCUUAUCAGAAGGACAGGUGGUUGCAGUCAAACAGCAUAAAAUAGCUAGUUCUCAGGGUGACCAGGAAUUUUGUGCAGAGGUGGAAGUAUUAAGCUGUGCACAACAUCGUAAUGUUGUACUGCUGAUUGGAUUUUGUGUUGAUGAUGAUAGAAGAUUGCUAGUAUAUGAAUAUAUAUGCAAUGGAUCUUUAGAUCAUCAUCUUUAUGGGCGGAAUCAGGAUGCUAUAAAAUGGUCGGCACGGCAGAGAAUUGCAGUUGGCGCUGCCCGAGGAUUAAGAUAUCUUCAUGAAGAAUGUAGAGUUGGCUGUAUUGUUCAUCGUGAUAUGAGGCCAAACAAUAUUCUCCUGACUCAUGACUUUGAACCAUUGGUUGGCGAUUUUGGACUAGCUAAGUGGCAGCCGGAAAGAGACACAGGCGUGGAAACAAGAGUGAUCGGAACAUUUGGGUAUUUGGCACCAGAAUAUGCCCAAACUGGUGAAGUUACUGAAAAGGCUGAUGUCUACUCUUUUGGGGUUGUAUUGGUUGAACUCAUCACUGGACGAAAGGCUAUCGAUCUUAACCGGCCUAAGGGCCAACAGUCUCUCACAGAAUGGGCACGUCCUUUAUUAGCUGAGAAGGCUGUAUCAGAAUUGAUUGAUCCACGCAUCAGAAACUGCUAUGCGGAGCAAGAAUUAUUGUCCAUGUUACAUUGUGCUUCCUUGUGCAUUCGCCAAGAUCCUCAUUCAAGGCCUUGUAUGUCUCAGGUGCUCCAAAUCCUUGAAAGAGACAAUUUUAUGAAGUAGACUACAGUAGGAAGAUGGUAUGGAAAUUGUACAAUAUGUAGACUGACGAGGCCAGGAGCCGCAUGAACAAUGGGUCAAUCUUUUGUGGAAGCAAAAAAUGAAGUUGAAAGUUGGAAUCUCCUGCUAUUCAGCUAAAGUGCGAGCAAAUAUACCUGAAGUGCAAGCAAAUACACCAAGUUGCUGACAUAUUAGAAAAAUGAUAUUACUAAUGGAAUUUUCAGUUCUAUAAUUAAAUGAUUUGCGAAACUUACAAGGGUCCUUGAAAAGGAGGUAAUGGUUAAUUGCUAAAAAGACGCGAAGAAUCCCCACAUAUUUCACUGCAAAUAAUUGAAGUUUUUUGUAUAGAGCUCUAAGUUUCAUUUCUAUGAGCUAUACUUGUUCUUUUUGUCAGAGGUGAUAUUGAUGCCAAUUUUAUAUAGCAAGCACCAUAACAAAAGGUGAGAUUGUUUUAAGGUUGAAUGAUCUUAAUGUGGCUCGGAAAUUUAAAUGGUAGUUUCAAGUAAUAAUGUUCAA